GACUCCUCCCAGUUUAGGAUCUGUUUGUUUAGCGUGAAGAGUCAGUCAGUCUUUAGGAGAUACGGUGGAUAGAGCUGCAAAUCUUUAUUCAUCCUGAUCAGACUAUAUCUAGUUCAGUAAUAUCUUUGCUUUUGAUAUAAGAACGGGGGUGGCAAUUGAUUAAAAACCUCUCAGGAAUUACCUAAACCUUACCAUGUGCAAAACAGUAAGCCAUUCGUUUUAGAAAAGUCCUUGAAAAGAGCAGAAAGGAUGGAGGAGGCUUGUGGAGCAAAGUGUGUUCUGCUUCUGCUAUUUGUUCAAACUUGUCUUGUCGAAAAUACCGGUCCCACGUCUCCUGGAAAGCCAGUGUUGCUCCGUUGCAGAUCACCAGAAAAAGAAACUUUUGCUUGUUGGUGGCAGCCAGGUUCUGAUGGAGGACUUUCUACUAACUACUCUUUGUAUUACACCAUGGAGGGGUCCCGGGAUGGUGCAGUCCAUGAGUGCUCAGAUUACAAGACUGCAGGUCUAAACUCCUGUUACUUCAACAAAACCUACACAUCUCUUUGGAUAACAUACACUAUCAGUGUUGUUGCACGGAAUGCAUUGGGAAGCAGUUCUUCAGAUCCUAUGUUUGUGGACGUAGCAUACAUAGUUCAGCCGCACAAACCUGAGAACAUCUCAGCAGAACUGAGGACCCAGGACCAGAAACCCUAUCUGAUGGUGAAGUGGGACCCCCCCCAUAAGGCCGAUACGAAGUCUGGCUGGAUCACCCUUCAGUAUGAGCUGCGCCUGAAGCCAGAGAAAGGAGCAGAAUGGGAGUCCCACUAUGCGGGCCAGCAAAAGCAGUUCAAUGUGUUUAGUUUACAUCCCGGGGAAGUGUACCUAGUGCAGGUUCGAUGCAAACCGGAUCACGGAUUCUGGAGUGAAUGGAGCGACACUACUUACAUAGAAAUACCUGACUAUUUCAGACCAAGAGACAGUUCAGUGUGGAUUUUGAUCGCUGCCCUGUCUUUGUGUAUUUUUCUGAUCCUAGCUUGGACUGUUGCUAUAAAGUGUAACAGUAUGAAGAGUUAUCUAUUCCCACCAGUCCCUGGGCCAAAGAUUAAAGGAUUCGAUACCCAGCUGCUGAAAAGUGGAAAAUCCGAAGACCUGUUAAAUGCUCUAGGCUGUCAUGGUUUCCCAACAACGUCAGACUGUGAAGACCUGCUGAUUGAGUUUCUAGAAGUAGAUGAUAGAGAUGAGCAGAAACUGGUGAUGAAUGAAGGGGAGGAUGAUCUGGAAGGAGGAGUGAAAUCCAGUGGCAACAAGACAGAUAAUGACUCCGGACAAGGGAGAUGCGACAGCCACACUCUCCUCCUUGAGGUGUCUGAUUCCAGCACGAAAACUUAUGCUCAGGUUGGAGGCAAUUCCAACAACGAGGGAAGUAUCGGGCUUUCAAGGAAAAGUAGCGCCAAUGGAAAACUGCUCAAUUUUGAGACGGCAGGCAAAAAAACAAACACUUGGCCAACAACCAACUCAUCUUUUCUCGUGGCUUGGCAACCAUCUUCCCACAACAUAUCUAAAAUCCACAGAGAGGCAUACUCUUUAGGGAACAACGCUGGCAUGCAUGGAAACACAAGCUCUGCUCAAAGCAAAUCUAAGGAGUACAGGGAGUUGCACGUCACAGUUUCAGGAGACCAAAGUACAUGGUUUGCCGACGAGAAGCACGGCCCUUUACUGCCCUUCAAAUCAAUGGAGUACGUCGAGGUUCAAAAAGUUAACCAGCAGAGUAUGCUAAUCCUAAAGCCAAAAACUGAAGAAGGACACAAGAGUGUACUCCCAGAAUUAAUAGGGCAGGAGUACACGAAAGUGAGUGGAGUCGUCAGUGACAGGGUUCUGCUGUUGCUAAGGGAUACAGGUGCCCAGGGUUCAGGCGACACCCAGGAAGGGGAAAACUCAGCAACACACCCCAGUCUUCAAAGUCAGGUUGGGAAAAUGGUGGGCACUUUCCCUGCUUCUCCAGCACUAGAGGGCAUGCAAUUGGCAGCAUCUGGCUAUGUAGACCCAGCUGCUCUCCUGCCGUCAUUUUAAAUAGCUUUUCACUUUAAGGUUACUCCACCAGUAGCCAGUACUGUUCUUUUGAAGAAAUGUUCUGAAAAACUUGUCUGAAAGAGAGAGAAAUACUGUAGCACUUUUAAAAAGAGAUUGGAAAAAGUUAAAUAAGUAGAGAUGCAAUGCUGUAAAGCCAAAUGUUUUGACACAUUUUCUGAAUAGUAUUUUGUAAUUGAAAACUUUUAAUGUAUAUAAAAUGAUUUACAUUUA